AAGGGAGCUUUAAUUUUUUUAGAACGCACCACAUUUUUUCUUCGUGGGGAGAGCUCCGCGGCCAUGGCAGUGCGCCCCGGCGAUGUUGGAAUCUUGGCGCUGGAGGUCUACUUCCCACCCAGCUGCGUGCGCCAGGACGAACUGGAGAAGCACGACGGGGUGAGCGCCGGGAAAUACACCGCGGGGCUCGGCCAGGAGCGCUUGGCCUUCUGCACGGAUGUGGAGGAUGUAAUAUCGAUGAGCUUGACAGUGGUGAAGAAUCUCCUCGAGAAGUACAGUAUCGCGCCCGAGAAAGUUGGCCGCCUUGAGGUGGGAAGCGAGACCGUCAUCGACAAGAGCAAGUCGAUCAAAACGUGGUUGAUGCGACUUUUUGAGGAGUCUGGAAACUCUGACAUUCAAGGCGUGGAUUCCAGCAAUGCGUGCUAUGGAGGCACUGCCGCUCUAAUCAAUUGUCUCAACUGGGUGGAGAGCAGUGGCUGGGAUGGGCGGUAUGGUCUGGUGGUCGCAGCGGACAGUGCAGUUUACGCUGAGGGCCCUGCAAGACCCAGCGGUGGAGCUGGUGCUGUUGCCAUGCUGAUCGGCCCGAAUGCUCCUUUCGUGAUUGACCGCAAAUACAUGGGAACACAUAUGUCUCACACAUACGACUUCUACAAGCCAAAUCUAAGCAGUGAAUAUCCGGUCCUCGACGGCAGGCUCUCGCAGAAGUGCUACCUGAUGGCUUUGGACUUGUGCUACAAUCGUUACUGCCAAAAGUAUGAAAAGGCCGACGGAAAGCCAUUCUCUCUUCAAGAUGUCAACUAUGCCGUCUUUCACUCUCCUUACAAUAAGCUUGUGCAGAAAAGCUUUGCACGGCUUGUGUACAACGAUAUCCAACGAAAGACAAGGCCCGAGGACGAGAAGCUAAAGCCAUUCGCUAAUAUUUCCGAGGAUGAAAGCUACACGAACAAAGAUCUAGAGAAGGCAACGCAAGAUAUAGCAAAGCCAGAUUACAACCUCAAGGUUGUCCCAUCGACUUUGAUUCCUAAACAAGUUGGCAACAUGUAUUGUGCCGCCUUGUACGCAGCGCUUGCGUCACUCAUCCACAGCAAAGCCGAGGAACUGUUGGGCAACACCAUUUUGAUGUUUUCUUACGGCAGCGGCCUUGCGUCAAGUCUGUUCACGAUCCACGUUCGCCAGGGCGAUGGCUUGUUCAGAGUCGCUAACAUCGCCAAGCGCAUGGAAGUAUCAAGCAGCUUGGAAUCCCGUGUCCAGGUCUCCCCAGAGGACUUUGUCCACACGAUGGAGCUUAUGGAGACGCGCUACGGUGCCAAAGGCUUCACUCCCGUGAGUGACUUGGCUAGACUCCGGCCGGGAACUUUCUACCUCACUCAGGUAGACGAUUUGUAUCGACGCUUUUACGACAGACUCCCGCAAGCUACAUCCAAUGGAGCGUGUUAGAACCACACAACAUCGUUUUUUCACGAGACGUUGAGAAAUUUUCUUCUUUUUUUGCGGGGUUGGGGAAGAAGAGGAGGUUUCGUGAUGAAUAAGAGAUCACUUACUUGUGGUAGUGGGAUAGAAGAAAUUAGACGAUGAUGACGCGAACUUGAGAGUAUGAAAGAAAAAAUCCCGUGAUCCUUGUUGAUUUUGGAAAGAAAUGUAACAACAAUUCAGCUCA